CAGUUUCCACAACCCGCCUUCCCCUGAUACGCAACCGUCAUAAAGGAGGGGAUACGAGCAUACUUGAAGCUUAUCCCUUGCGUAGGCAUACGAGGAACCCACUUGAUCAUACUAGCCAUGGCAAUUCCUGAAGAGGUUAUUGGGAUCAUUCUGCGAUUUGCUGUUGCCCAGCCGGGUGGCACACAGGACCUCAGCGCAAUCGUCCCAUGUGCAAGAGUCUCUUCAUCGUUCAGAUCAGAAGUCGAAAGGCUUCUCUAUGCCUCCAUAACCCUCACUCGCCCAGACCAAAUCGUUAAGUGCUUCAAAACUAUUGUUAAACGCCGUGACGCAGUAGCACGUUUCAUUCGCCACUUGUCUAUCGAACUUCGCGAGUAUCACACGGCGUUCCCUUCGACAUCCGGAGGAGCUCGCAGUCUUUUACUCUUUGGACGACCAUCCCCUGGCAGUGGCGAUGAUGGGCGUCUCUUGAGAAGUUUCGCUCUCCUUGUUCUUCGCGCGCUUCAUGGCCUGAAGAACCUCCAACAUUAUCACCUUCGUAUUGGACGCAACUCCGCAGCCCAAAAUAAAUACAGCGAGCCUUUUUUGCCGCAUACUGCUCCCUUUAAGCUCAGGAGUUUCCAUUGCACAUCCAUGGACGCCAGCUCAGCUCUCUUCCGCUUUCUAAAGAGCCAGUCAAGCAUAGAAGAUUUCUCCGCUCCUGACAUGUUUCCUCCAUAUCCUCUAGGGCCGUCCAUCUUACCGUCUGUUAAGUCCGUUACCGGCACUCCUGAACUUCUCAAACGGCUUGUACCGAAACGACCCGUGUCAGCCGUGCAUUGCACAGGACCUUUAGAUUCUGAGAAUUUAUUACACCUACUACCAAACUUGGCUCUUUCGUCAGCACCAAUAACGACUUUGGUUGUGCCCGUCAAGGCUCGGACUGCUUGUGAUAUCCUUCCUUCCAUCGCUCGCACUCUCCCGGACGUGGAAUUGCUAUCCAUGCCUCUACCAGCUGCUUUCAUUGACCGCCAUGACCCAUACGAAGUGUAUCAGGAUGAAACGUUCGCCAGAGCCUUGGGCUCGUUUGAUUCGCUGAAGCGUGUGGAGGUUCCCACCAUGGAUUCCGUGAUGAUUUCUCCGCCUUCAUUCCCAUUCAAUCUUCCUAAUUUUUUCAACCCACCCCCACCACCAUUUAACAUUAAUGGCCCCAUGGGACUUGCCAAUGAAGGGCUUCCUGGUCAGGCUGCUGAUGACGCGGGCCCCGACGGCGACGGCGGCGGCGAUAUGGUCAUUGACAAUGUUGCCGUAGAUGUGAACGUUGCCAUUGAGGUUGACGAAGGCAACGCACCUGCGAAUAAUGACGUCGGUCUGAAUCCGACAAACCAACCUGAUACCAAUGCACCUCCCGCAGUCCAGAAUGGGCAGAACGGUGGCCUCGGAGGCUUAUUGGGUCAAGUGUUGAACCAGGUGCAGGCGUUCAACCAUGCCAUGGGCCAGGUGGUCGGUCAAGUGAAUGGCAUUUUGAAUGGCGUUGCUCAGGGCGGUGGAGUUGCACCAGGUCCUGCUGCGAUUCCUGCUCCGAUGCCUCCCUUGGCCCAACAACCACCUUUCCUGAAUCCCCCGCCACCCUUAUUCGCUCAGAACUUUCCGCAACUCAAUCCUCACGGUCCGAAUGGUCCCCCUCCUGUCGCUACCCAACCAAAUGUCCCAGUUAAUCUGGGUGGCGGAGGCGGGCCUCCUGGACUUCCGAAUUUUAUGAAUCAGCUUUUAGGCCAAGUUUUGGGCGUCAUGGCACCUGAAAUAAAUGCAGAAGGCAACGGUAAUGCAGCGAACGCAGGUCCAGGGGAUGUGAACAACAACCUUGGAAAUGGCCAGCCACAACCACCGGUGGUGGAAGGUAACAAUGACGACAACGAUGGUGAUGGUGAUCCUUUACCCUUCCCUGGUGGUCACCCUCCUUUCCCCGGUCUACAGCUCCCCCCCUUGCCUGCAUUCGUGCCCGGAGGGCCGAAUGCAUUCACUUUCAAUGGUCCCAACUUCGAUGCCAUCCUUCAAUUCACUCCUGCUGUCGGAAAUCAAAAUGCUGCUGAUGUGGGCGCAGCCACCCCAGGCGGUGUGCAGGGACCCGUAGUUCCAGACGCCGGACCACCAGCCGCUGCUCCGGGAGGAGGCGUGUUUGGUGCACCACCGGGUGCCAAUCCCCAAAUUAAUAUUGCCCAUCUUGUCCUCACUUUCCCACCAGUGAUCACAAACGGGGGCCACACGGAUGCCAAUGAUCAGCAAGAUCAGCAUACUGCUCAUGUUUCCUCGCAUACGCCUCACCUAACACCCGCUCAACAGGAGCAAGUCCGAGCUCGCGAAAGGAAACUAUCUGACGUACAGCAAUCUCGUGCUCCCGUCGAGCAAAUGAUUCUACAUCUGUGGACAUCGUAUUGUCCUACAUUAAUGAGCGUCAAGUUCGAAAUGGCGAAGAAUAGGUAUGUGGUUUGGCGAAGAGGGGAGGACUCCACUGGAUUAGUGGAACCUGAUGACGGAAGUAUCGCGGAUGAUACAUGGUCGUCUGAAUACACACCAGUGCAAACACUGGACGAUCCAUGACUGUGACAAACCACACUGCGCACUCGCAUUUCGAGCAGUGUUCCGAUUACUCGAGAGCUUGAUUGCUAACCAGACUACUGUAGAAACCAAUAACGGACUGCCAGUGCUUCAUCAUUUUACGCAGAUACGUGGACUCAUGAACCCCUCUGAUAUUAACUUAUUGUAAUAGAGACUGGCUUCUCCCUGACUGUUGUUACUUUCAUGUAUCCAUUCCAUGUGUUUUGUAAUGCAUAGUGUUACAUACAUGUAUG